AUGUCUAAGAGUCCUCCUUCCGCACCCGCUCCUACACGAGCCUAUGGCCUCGUACUCACGGACGAGUGUCUCACCCGUUUUGGCCUCAUUAUGCGCGACCACGUCAACCCACACUUCAACCACACGAACGAAUCCCAACGUCAAGUCGCAAUGAAUAUUGCCACUCAAAAACUACCCCUUGUUUGCAUGAUUACAAUUGACGGCUUAUUCCUCUCCCGUUGGAAAACCCACCUUGUCAGGACCAAGAAUGGAUUGCGAUAUAUGCUGGUCCUAGCCGACAAUGGCUCGAAAGAGUUGGAAGCGGCAAUCGCAAAGACCUCCCCGGAGGCUUUGGAUAGUUUGGUCCGGUUUUUGGGCAUGGGCGAUGUGCGGCCUGCAUGGUAUAGGGUUGAUGAAUAA